ACCUUUCGAGAGACACAGUCCUCAGUUGAAUGAGUCGACUCGUUCUCUGCCGUGCCAUUUUUGCUGCUACCUCUUCGCCUUCGUCUUCGCUUUCGUCUUCGUCUUAGUCCUAUUUUUCAUUGUCGUUUUGGUUAACCCGUAUUAUCGAAUCCGGUUCCACUAUUCGGGUUUGGCUCCGGAUCCCAUUCGAUCACACGAGACGUGAUCGUGUAAUUGCUUCAGUUUUCGCAUUUUGAUCCAAAUUAACUAAUUGAGGGGUUUUUCUCUGUCUUUUCAGAAAAGUUAGAAUGCCUCAUGACUCGUCAUCAGAGCAAGACCCGGACGAUUCUGAUGCUGAGUUCGCUGAGGUUGAUCCCACGGGUCGGUACGGUCGGUAUAAAGAUGUUUUAGGAAGGGGGGCUUUCAAGAAAGUAUAUCGAGCAUUUGAUGAAUUGGAAGGCAUUGAAGUAGCAUGGAAUCAAGUUAAGGUGGUAGAUCUAUUACGCCACUCUGAAGAUUUAGAAAGACUUUAUUCUGAAGUUCAUCUACUUAAGACUUUGAAACACAAGAACAUCAUAAAGUUUUAUUUUUCUUGGGUUGAUACCAAGAAUGAGAAUAUCAACUUUAUCACUGAGAUUUUCACUUCAGGAACAUUACGGCAAUACCGGAAGAAACAUAAGAAUGUUGAUUUGAGGGCAUUGAAGAAAUGGUCCAGGCAGAUUUUAGAGGGCCUUUUAUAUCUUCAUAGUCACGACCCACCUGUCAUUCAUAGAGAUCUUAAGUGUGACAACAUCUUUGUUAAUGGAAACCAAGGUGAGGUCAAGAUAGGCGACUUAGGACUGGCUGCCAUUCUUCGCCAGGCUCGCUCGGCUCACAGUGUUAUUGGCACUCCAGAGUUCAUGGCACCAGAGCUUUACGAAGAGGAAUACAAUGAACUUGUAGAUAUAUACGCUUUUGGCAUGUGCCUGUUAGAAUUGGUCACCUUUGAGUAUCCAUAUGUUGAAUGUGCUAAUGCCGCUCAAAUUUUCAAGAAAGUGACAUCAGGAAUAAAGCCAGCAUCAUUGGCAAAAGUGAAACAUCCUGGAGUUAAAUUAUUUAUAGAAAAAUGUAUUGCAGAAGUAUCUGAUCGAUUGACUGCAAGGGAACUUUUGUUGGAUCCAUUUCUCCAACCAGAUGACGAUGAAAGUGUUUCUCGUUCUCGUAGACAUAGAAGUCAUCAGUCGGAUAAUUCUGACAUAUCAAAUGCAGAAGGCAGUCAUCAUCAAGUUGAUGUUGGAACACACAAGGUUCCUGUUGAGGCAAGUAUAGACUUCACAGUGGAAGGUCACCGGAAAGAUGUAAAUACAAUAUUCCUGAAACUUAGAAUAGCAGACUCUUCAGGUCAUGUUCGAAAUAUUCACUUCCCAUUUGAUACAGAAGCAGAUACUCCAAUUUCAGUUGCUAGUGAAAUGGUUGAGGAGUUGGACCUGACAGAUCAGGAUGUUUCAGGAAUUGCUGACAUGAUUGAGUCUGAAAUUCGACAUAAUUUUCCAGAUUGGACGCCUGAGGAUCUUUCUGUAGAUUAUUCUGAUGAUGAAUGUCCUACUUCGGACAGCUGUGCCCCUGAAACUAAGAAUGAUGUUUCCCCAUUGACAAAUGAGGGCAACCCUUACAAAAGUCUUGCUUUGGAAAGAUUACCUUCUGGCCGAAAGUAUUGGUCUGAUUCACCCAAAGGACUUGGUGGAAAUUCUCCAAUCACACCUGGCCCUUCUAACUUGUCUUCUCCAGUAGAUUUGGUUAGAGCUGGGAGUAGCAUGAGCGAAAACAGUGAAAUGAUUCCCAGUAGCCAAACAGAUGUAGAUAAUCAAAAUGGUGCAGUGUCAUUUGAUCAGCAUAAUAAUAGAAAUGCCAGUGCUGAAAAAAUAUGUCCUAAUAACGGAGAUCCUCCAUCUGAAAUAUCUAGUGAAAUUAUACAGGAUACAGAUUCAGUAUACAUGAAGAUCAUUGCCGAGAAACUCGAGAAACUAUUGGUGAAGCAGCAAAAGGAGCUAGAUGAACUCAAGAAGAAGCAUGAAUCAGCAGUAUCACAUCUUUUGAAGGAUCUUUCACCGGUAACCUGUCAAAAGCUUUUAGGAAUGCAUAAGGUGAAGAUUCCUGACUAUAAAUUGCAAACUACCAACAAAUUUCAGAAUAAUGCUUCUUUUUGAGUUGAAGCUACAAGUACCUCAUGACUCCAACCAAAGUGCAUGACGAUGGCAAUAACCUUCACUAGGAAACAGAUUUGCUCAUCAUGAUAUUGAUGGAAAUCUUCUAGAGAGCUCAAAAAGACUUGUCUGUUGAUAAUGUUAAGAAAGGCGUGGCUCUAGUUUGAAAGGGUUCUUGUUGCAUGCUUCUUGACCGAGCAACAAUGUUUACCAGAAAACGAAGCAUAUGGAUUCAAGGAGUCAUUAUUUUGUGAAAUGGAUCAAGUUUGAGCUCAAACGAUCUCAAAACAUUCUUACUGCUGAGGUAAGACACUGUUGUGAUAAUUCAGGUGUGUAUUGUGUACAAUAUAAGUUUACUUGCGCCAACCGUACCAAAAGAUCGAAAGCUAAAUAUAGUUUGACACGAAACAAUAAACAUUUAUUGGAAUCUAUAGAUACUUGUACAGAUAAUUGAUUCUUUUUGUUUCAGUUAUUACCAGUCUGGUUCUGAUUCUCUUUGUUUUUUUAUGGACAGCAUAUAUGUAUAUGUAUAUAUGCUCCUGCUCCAUAAGUUACUAAACUAAUAAUAUUCUUAGUUACAGAUGAAGAGCUUUUAUAUGUAAUAGUUUCCUGAAAGAAACUUAUUUGUCAUUAUUAUGAGUACUACAUUAUCAGUAACAUUGCCAAGUACUA